CGGAAUAUGGAAAACAUUUCAUGGACAAUUGUUUGUGGUAUUCUUAUUGUGUUGAUUUGGAAAGGAGUCUUCUCAGUUUUUAAAUAUGUCCGGAUGUGUAGAAAACUUCGGAAAGUUCCACAACAACCCUCGCAUUGGCUGCUUGGGCAUUUAAACAGGAUAAAAGGCUCCAAGGAUUAUGUUCAGUAUGGAAUGGAAAUGUACAAAACCGGCUGUAAACUGUUCUGCAUCUGGCUGGGGCCGAACCCGGUAGUUUGUGUCAAUCAUCCAGACACGUUCAAACAGCUGAUUGGUCAGGAGCACAGGAAGGCUAGAGGGAGGCUUGAUGGAUAUCAUUACUUGCAAGAUUGGAUGGGCGAGGGACUGCUGAUCAGCGAUGGCUGGAAGUGGGAGAGAAUCCGGAAGUUGCUCACACCCGCAUUCCACUUUAGUAUUCUGACAGGAUACGUUGACAUAAUGAACAGCGCGUCGGAUGACUUCCAGGAAAAGGUGAUAGAAAAUAUGUCGGCUAGUCCAUUAGUAGACAUUUAUCCGUUGGUGUCCCGGAUGACCUUGGAUACCAUGAUGAAAUGUUCUCUAUCAUUUGAUGGUUCGAUGCAAGCAAAAAUGAAUGAAGAGUACGUCAAGGCGGUGCAACGGAUGGGUACCUUACUCGUGAACCGUUGUUUAACCCCGUAUAUUCCACAGUGGCUUUACUACCUGUCUGCAGAAGGCAGAGAAUGGAAGAAACUUAUCAAUGUGGUGCAAGGAUUUACAAGGAAAAUCAUUGACGCGAGGCAAAUGUCAUUGGAAAGUCGAUUUACUAUUUUUAAAUACGAAAUCCAACCCAGUGGUUUGAAACAAAUGCUUUUAAAUUAUUAAGUAAAUAACCCAUAAUGCAGAGGUAAAUGUUUUUGACGGUUACGAGAUUGGAAUGUGUAUAAUGUGUGUGUCUUGACUGUCGGUUUACUUUUUUUAAACAUUCCAGAGAGAGCACCCGUUGGAGGUUGGUCAUUCCGACGGGAAGAGGCGACUGGACUUCUUGGACAUUCUUUUGUCGGCCAAAGAUGAGCAGGGCCGGG